CCUGCGCGGCCCCCUUCGCCCUCCGGCCCACCCUGGGCCCCGCGGUGCGGACCCUCUGCGAGGAGGCGCGGACACUCAGCGCCGCUCGGGCGGAGCUUGGGCGCGGCGGCGGCAGUGGCAGCGGCAGCGGCAGCAGCAGCAGCAGGUGCGCGGCCUGGCCGGAGCCGCGGGCCGGAGAGGAAGCGGCGCUAAUCCCGAGCACGGGAGACACCUGCCUCGGCCGCGAGCCCGGCGGCUUGACAUCCCCGAGCCCAGGAGCGCCCCCAGGGGGAGGCUGAGAGACCCUUGGAGGCCCCUGACGUCCCUCUCCGUCGGCGCAGAACGGGGCAACCGCAGCCAUGACCACCCACGUGACCCUGGAGGAUGCCCUGUCCAACGUGGACCUGCUGGAGGAGCUGCCCCUCCCCGACCAGCAGCCAUGCAUUGAGCCGCCGCCGUCCUCCAUCAUGUACCAGGCUAAUUUUGACACAAACUUCGAGGACAGGAAUGCAUUUGUCACAGGCAUUGCAAGGUACAUUGAGCAGGCUACGGUCCAUUCCAGCAUGAAUGAAAUGCUGGAGGAAGGGCACGAGUAUGCGGUCAUGCUUUACACCUGGCGCAGCUGUUCCCGGGCCAUCCCGCAGGUAAAAUGCAAUGAGCAGCCCAACCGGGUUGAGAUCUACGAGAAGACAGUGGAGGUGCUCGAGCCGGAGGUCACCAAGCUCAUGAAGUUCAUGUACUUUCAGCGCAAGGCCAUCGAGCGGUUCUGCAGUGAGGUGAAGCGGCUGUGCCAUGCAGAGCGCAGGAAGGACUUCGUCUCCGAGGCCUAUCUCCUGACCCUGGGCAAGUUCAUCAACAUGUUCGCCGUCUUGGAUGAACUAAAGAAUAUGAAGUGCAGCGUCAAGAACGACCACUCUGCCUAUAAGAGGGCAGCCCAGUUCCUGAGGAAGAUGGCGGACCCCCAGUCUAUCCAGGAGUCACAGAACCUUUCCAUGUUCCUGGCCAACCACAACAGGAUCACCCAGUGUCUCCAUCAGCAACUGGAAGUGAUCCCAGGCUAUGAGGAGCUGCUGGCAGACAUUGUCAACAUCUGCGUGGACUACUACGAGAACAAGAUGUACCUGACCCCCAGUGAGAAGCACAUGCUCCUCAAGGUAAUGGGUUUUGGUCUCUACCUGAUGGAUGGAAACGUCAGUAACAUUUACAAACUGGAUGCCAAGAAGAGAAUCAACCUCAGCAAAAUUGAUAAGUUCUUUAAGCAGCUGCAAGUGGUGCCCCUUUUCGGCGACAUGCAGAUAGAGCUGGCCAGAUACAUUAAGACCAGUGCUCACUAUGAAGAGAACAAGUCCAAGUGGACGUGUACCCAGAGCAGCAUCAGCCCCCAGUACAACAUCUGCGAGCAGAUGGUUCAGAUCCGGGACGACCACAUCCGCUUCAUCUCCGAACUUGCUCGCUACAGUAACAGCGAGGUGGUGACAGGCUCCGGACUGGACAGCCAGAAGUCAGACGAGGAAUACCGAGAGCUCUUCGACCUGGCCCUGCGGGGCCUGCAGCUUUUAUCCAAGUGGAGCGCCCAUGUCAUGGAGGUGUACUCCUGGAAGCUGGUUCACCCCACAGACAAGUUCUGCAACAAGGAUUGCCCUGGCACGGCGGAGGAGUAUGAGAGAGCCACACGCUACAACUAUACCAGCGAGGAGAAGUUCGCCUUCGUCGAGGUGAUCGCCAUGAUCAAAGGCCUCCAGGUCCUCAUGGGCAGGAUGGAGAGCGUCUUCAACCAGGCCAUCAGGAACACCAUCUACGCAGCCCUGCAGGACUUCGCCCAGGUGACUCUGCGUGAGCCCCUGAGACAGGCGGUGCGGAAGAAGAAGAACGUUCUUAUCAGUGUCCUACAGGCAAUUCGAAAAACCAUCUGUGACUGGGAGGGGGGCCGAGAGCCCCCCAAUGACCCGUGCUUGAGAGGGGAGAAGGAUCCCAAGGGGGGAUUUGACAUCAAGGUGCCCCGGCGUGCUGUGGGGCCCUCCAGCACACAGCUGUACAUGGUGCGGACCAUGCUCGAAUCGCUCAUCGCAGACAAAAGUGGCUCCAAGAAGACGCUGAGAAGCAGCCUUGACGGACCCAUCGUCCUCGCCAUAGAGGACUUCCACAAGCAGUCCUUCUUCUUCACGCACCUGCUCAAUAUUAGUGAAGCCCUGCAGCAGUGUUGUGACCUCUCUCAACUGUGGUUCCGAGAAUUCUUCCUGGAGUUAACCAUGGGCCGGCGAAUCCAGUUCCCAAUUGAGAUGUCCAUGCCCUGGAUUCUAACAGACCAUAUCCUGGAAACCAAAGAACCUUCCAUGAUGGAGUACGUCCUCUACCCCUUGGACCUGUACAAUGACAGCGCCUACUAUGCUCUGACCAAGUUUAAAAAGCAGUUCCUGUACGAUGAGAUUGAAGCUGAGGUGAACCUGUGCUUUGAUCAGUUUGUCUACAAGCUGGCGGACCAGAUCUUUGCCUACUACAAAGCCAUGGCUGGCAGUGUCCUGUUGGAUAAACGUUUUAGGGCCGAAUGUAAGAAUUAUGGAGUCAUCAUUCCGUACCCACCGUCCAACCGCUACGAAACACUGCUGAAACAGAGACAUGUACAGCUUUUGGGUAGAUCAAUUGACUUGAACAGACUCAUUACCCAGCGCAUCUCUGCUGCCAUGUAUAAAUCCUUGGACCAGGCCAUCAGCCGCUUUGAGAGUGAGGACCUGACUUCCAUUGUGGAGCUGGAGUGGCUGCUGGAGAUCAACCGGCUCACGCACCGCCUGCUCUGUAAGCACAUGACCCUGGACAGCUUCGACGCCAUGUUCCGGGAGGCCAACCACAACGUGUCUGCCCCCUAUGGCCGCAUCACCCUCCACGUCUUCUGGGAGCUGAACUUUGACUUCCUCCCCAACUAUUGCUACAACGGGUCCACCAACCGUUUUGUUCGAACUGCCAUUCCUUUUACCCAAGAACCGCAAAGAGAUAAACCCGCCAAUGUCCAGCCUUAUUACCUCUAUGGAUCCAAGCCUCUCAACAUUGCCUACAGCCACAUCUACAGCUCAUACAGGAACUUUGUGGGCCCCCCUCACUUCAAGACCAUCUGCAGACUCCUGGGUUACCAGGGCAUUGCGGUGGUCAUGGAGGAACUCCUGAAGAUCGUCAAGAGCCUGCUCCAAGGAACCAUUCUCCAGUACGUGAAAACACUGAUCGAGGUGAUGCCCAAGAUUUGCCGCUUGCCCCGGCACGAGUAUGGCUCCCCAGGGAUCCUGGAGUUCUUCCACCACCAGCUGAAGGACAUAAUUGAGUAUGCAGAGCUCAAGACAGACGUGUUCCAGAGCCUGAGGGAGGUGGGCAAUGCCAUCCUCUUCUGCCUGCUCAUAGAGCAAGCUCUGUCUCAGGAGGAAGUCUGUGAUUUGCUCCAUGCUGCACCCUUCCAAAACAUCUUGCCUAGAGUCUACAUCAAAGAAGGGGAGCGUCUGGAGGUCCGCAUGAAACGCCUGGAAGCCAAGUAUGCCCCACUUCACCUCGUCCCUCUGAUAGAGCGGCUGGGGACCCCCCAGCAAAUCGCCAUCGCUCGGGAGGGCGACCUGCUGACCAAGGAGCGGCUGUGCUGUGGCCUGUCCAUGUUCGAGGUCAUCCUGACACGCAUUCGGAGCUACCUACAAGACCCCAUUUGGCGGGGCCCCCCACCCACCAACGGCGUCAUGCACGUCGACGAGUGCGUGGAGUUCCACCGGCUCUGGAGUGCCAUGCAGUUCGUCUACUGCAUCCCUGUGGGGACCAACGAGUUCACAGCUGAGCAAUGUUUUGGUGAUGGUUUGAACUGGGCCGGCUGCUCCAUUAUCGUCCUGCUGGGCCAGCAACGUCGCUUCGACCUGUUUGACUUCUGUUACCACCUGCUGAAAGUCCAGAGGCAGGACGGGAAGGAUGAGGUCAUUAAGAAUGUGCCCCUGAAGAAGAUGGCAGACAGAAUUAGGAAGUACCAGAUCUUGAACAAUGAGGUUUUUGCCAUCCUGAACAAGUACAUGAAGUCCGUGGAGACAGACAGUUCCACCGUAGAGCACGUGCGUUGCUUCCAGCCACCCAUCCACCAGUCCCUGGCCACGACCUGCUAGGUGGAAGGGCCUGCAGACCCUUGACCUGGAGGAGGAGAAGAAGCAGGAGAGAGAAAGCCAUGGCCAGCCUGCAGCAGGGUCCGGCUGGACAGCGUAGGGGAUCAGCCUGGAAGCAAAUAAGAACCUCCCCAAACACAUCUACGCCUCCCAAGGGCUGGGCCUGUGCAUGCUGUCCCAUGACAUCUCCAUGGUGGUUUUUCCAUAGCAUCAAUGAAAAAAAAAAAAAAAUGAAAAGAAACAGGGCAGUAUGUGCUUUUCUUUUCUUUUUUCCCCUCAGCUGUGUUAAGAGCCCUAGUUUCACCCCUUCUCCAUCUCACAGCCCCACCCCACAUCCAUGGUUGCUUCUCAAGACCUCCUCCCGGAUGGUGACCUCUUUCCCAGGGCUCACGCGCGACCUCAGAGUGAAGUCUCAGAGAUGGAGAAAAGAGCGUGGCUAUACCCCAAGAUAUCAGAUAUCAGCCCAACCUGACAGGCGUGUCUCCACUUCCUGGCUUCUUCAUUUCCUGUGCCUCUUCCCCCAACCCCCAUUUUCCCAGGCAGCCUCUCCUCCUACUCUGGAUGCUGAGGAUUCGACCACCAACAAUACUUGUGGACCAGACGCUGAGAGCCACAGGAAACAGAAGACGAGCUUCCUGGUACUGGCACCAUGGUAGAUGGUGUUGGCUCUGGCCUUCCCCGGACUCCCCCAAAACACACUCCCCUCUCAGGGCGCUCCUAGAGAGGACUCAGAAACACAUUCACAACCGUGUCUCACUGACUGGAAUUCGGGUAGAAAGGUGGUCCAGCCUGCUGUGCGGAAGCAAUGUUUAUUGACAUAGCCAGAAAUUCCGUUGCCCCAGACAGAAAGCUGUGGGACCAUCUCAGUUUGAUGACGAGGUGGUUCCUUUAUUCAUGAAGCAAAUACUGUGAGAAGCAAGGUGCCCAGGGCCGCGGAUGGUGGGAACACAGCCCUGGACAAGUCAGGCGCGUGCUGCCCGCAGCAGCAGCCGGUGACCACAUUCGGGACGGCUUCUCUGCACACUCUCUCAUCAAGGAAAGCUCCCACGAGAAAGAAAAUAUUAAGGGGUUAUUUCAACAACAGCCCAAAAUGUAUUGGGUCAGGGGGGUGAGGAAUAUAAAUAGUCCUUGUCAAUGAGUUUUUAAUACCAGGAUACACUCCAGAAAAGGAGUCCUGUUUUAGUGAAUCGGGACUUGCAUUGUCCUAGAAGCUGAGAAAUUCUUAAGAUAUUUUAUCUUCUGCUCUCAACAUCCCCAGUGUUCCUUAACCUAGAUUUCGAGGCAUACGCCUAUCACAGGGGCCUGUCUACUUCCAUUUCUCCAACAGAACCCAAAGUCUUUGCAGAAUCUCCCACCGAGCAUGGGGAGACUGUUGAGAAGGAUGGACGCCUUUGGGAAUGAAUGUCUCAUUACAGAGCUCCUCUUCUUCAAAGGGAGCCUGUGACCCUGAGCUUGUGAGAAAAUAUAAAGUGAGACAUUUGAUAUCUCUCCCUGAAUCCAGGGACAAAAAAGAAAAAUGUGAAAAUAGAGCAACAAUGAUCCCCUCCCUCAGGGCGGAUGAAUGGAAAUGGUUACCAUCAUUCAGAUGGCCCAUUUUAACCCAUGGAAAGGGCAGAAACAGUCUAUAGCAGGUUUGUGUGAUACACUGUGCUCCCCAGGGAGGAGAGAGAUGGGACUCACCACGUGUGACCCAAAGGCCUCCAGCAGGAUGUCCUGAGGUUAGUGCAUUUGGUGCAGAAUUCUGGGCUCUCCCCCAAACCAGUUAAGUCUGCAUCCCUGGGAAUCAGGUAGGGAAAUCUGCACCUUCCACAAGCUUUCUGAGCUGUUCUGUUGCCCAUGGAAAUCUGAGGAUGGCUGCUGUAGAGGGUCUCUCCUUCGAGAGCCUGGGCCCUGAGCUCCCUCUGAGCCAGGAAAGAAAAUAUUGGUAGGGGCAGGAGAACAAUUCAGUGUAGGAACCGGCAGAUCCCCCUGUCUAGAGAUGUCGCUUCCUAUUCUGAUUUGUUGUUGUUGUUGUUUAUUCCUCUUGAUGACCUUGGAUAUGUCCCAAAGGCAGAAGGGAAAGUCUACACCAUAUGAUAGAAACCGCAUUCCAAAGCCAGGUAAAAUCUUUAAGCUCCAGAGUCUUCUGAAUCUUUAGUCCUGUGUGCGGACAGUGGGUCUUUCAGACAGAUGACCCGCUCUUAAGUCCUAGAGUUUCUUCCAAAUCCUUGCCCACUGCUUUGGUGGAGAUUUGGAUCAUCCAUUUAAUGGGAUUGCUGUUUCAACAACCUGCCCCUCCAUCCUGCGUCUGUAACCCUGAAUCUGACCCCUGGAUAGAAUCCUGUUAUCUUAAAGAGACUUGACCCUGGUAAAUUGAGGUCUUCACCUUAAGGAGAGACAUUUCACUUCCCUAGCUCGCUGGCGCAUUUAUUUAUGAAUACCAAACAGGUUUAAUAUUCUUUCCUCCCUGGUAUUCCUGCUCCCUUUGAUUUGAUUUUUUUGUGUGUGUGUCUAAGAACCAGGAAAAAAAAAAAAUCUUAGGUUUUAAAAAGUUUUAAAAAAAAAUUCUGUUUCAGAAACUGUCAAAUGUACCAUAUUUGUAUUAAGAGUUGUUGGGGAUUUUUGUACAAUGAAUUUACAUUUAUUUAUGGUGACUUAUAUUUACGCUUGUGAUCAAAUAAUGAUGUUAAAUUCUUAAAUCAUAUUUGCUAUGCAGCUGAAGAUGAUAUUUUGCUUUGUAUUUUGGGGUACCUGUGUUGAGUUGAUAAACAUUUCCAUCUCCAUUAAAACUGCUUCCAAACCAG